AUGUUCUACCCCCGCGACGUACCCCUGCUCACGCGUCACACUACAUCCUCACCUCUCGCCAGCCUCAACGGCGACGGCAACGACGUGCUCACCUCCGGUGUCGAGCUUACAAAGCGCAUACGGCACCUCGAAGAACUCGGUUCAUGUCACUCACCUCGCCCGGCACCGAGGCUCUGGCGUCGCUCGCGCUUCGCGAUCCUCACCGCCACAUGGGCAGGCGAGAGACAGCGUGCAGCGGCUUCGCGCCGCACCGCACACAGCUCUCACAAGCUGUGCGAGACGCACCUCAAACCCGCCUGUGAUAUCUGCGCCUUCAAUGGCAAUCCCCCGACAUACGACCGUCUUCGAGGCCAGUCGUACAUACAGGCUCAGUAA